AUGACUAUGGGCGAUCUAUCAAACCUCAAGGGAGAGUCAGGGGGAAAGUGUGCUCCCUGGCUGUUGAAGUUUCGUUCCUCAACAAGUUUUAUCAUUGCUGCAGUCUGGAUGUCUACCUUCACGGAAUUCCUCCUAUAUGCCAUGAUAGUCCCGGUGAUGCCAACAGUCCUCAUGAUCCGAGCCGGAGUCGAAUUUAAGCACCGAGAAUAUUGGGUCAGUGUCCUUCUCAUGUCCGAAGCAGGCACGGCUCUGCUGAUGUGUCCCAUAUUCGGCUACCUGGUCGACCGCGGACGCACACGUCGACUACCCUUCAUCGGCGCCCUGGUCAUAUUAACCGCCUGCAUGCUGGUCUUGCAGUUGGCACAUUCCAUCGCUGCAUUUGUCGCGGCUCGUGUACUCCAAGGCAUCGCAGCCGCUUUAGUAGUAGUAGCGUCAUUCGCUCUCAUCGGCGAUGCUGUGUCCCAGGAUCGUCUCGGUCAGACGAUAGGAUAUCUGGGCUCCGCGAUUGCUUCAGGCUUUUUGCUUGGUCCGUUCCUCGGGGGCGUUGUGUACAAUUCUGGCGGGUACGAUGCCGUGUUCUGGUUUGCGUAUCCUAUUAUUAUGCUUGACAUGGUUAUGCGGCUCAUUUUGAUUGAGAAGAAGGUCGCUGCUCAAUGGACUGGAGAAUCGAAUGGAGAUUUGGGGUCCGGUCUAGACACCGCGCAGCGUAUUCCCUCUGUCGGUUUUCACGAACCACAGGUCAUCCAGAGAAGAAAAUGGCUCGUUAUCUUCCGGAUGCUCAAGCAGCGCCGAGUAUUGAUCUCUUCGUGGGCACUUCUCGUCCAGGGAAUCUUGCUUUCUGCUUUCGAUGCGACCCUUCCCAUAUUCGUCGAAACGAUAUUUGGCUGGACCGCCCUCGGCAUGGGGUUAAUAUUCCUCCCCAUGGCUGUCCCGGCCUUCUUCGAACCGCUGUUCGGCAGAUUCACCGACAGGUUCGGUGCCCGCUUCGUAGCCUUUGGCUGUUUCGUUUUUCUCUCGCCCACCCUCAUCUGUCUCCGGUUUGUCCAGACGAAGUCAAACGAACAGACUGCGCUUCUAGUUUCAUUGCUCUUCCUUACCGGGAUCUUCCUCCAUGCCUGCGCCCCAGCCAUGUACGUUGAGACGCAGCGCGCACUCACAGCGAUGGAGCUCAAGGACCCAGGAAUACUUGGACCCAAGGGUGCUGUGGCGCAAGGAUUUGGAUUGCAGAGUAUGUGUCAAUUUGCGGGAGUAUUCUUUGGACCCCUUUGGGGUGGUUUUGUCGAGUAUCGUUUUGGGUGGGGCGCGAUGACGGGCACUUUGGGGGUCUUGGUAGCGCUGACCGCACUUCCGAUGUUGUGGUUAGGAGAAAGUGAAGAGGAAAGGGCUCUGAGUUGA